AUGGGUAAAAAGGAUAAAGGAAAAUCACAGACACCUCAAAAGUCAAAGUACUUUGUUGCUGUGAUGGGGUCUGGUUCAGUCGGCAAGUCUGCUUUAACCGUACAAUUCACUCAAGGAAUAUUCGUUGACAAGUAUGAUCCAACAGUAGAAGAUACUUAUACAAAGAGUUUUGAAUUGGAUGGAGAAAGCGUUUGCAUUGAAGUAUUGGAUACUGCAGGUUCGGAAGUACUCGUAGCUAUGCGUGAACUUUAUAUGAAGAGUGCAGAAGGUUUCGUAUUGGUAUAUAGUAUUUUGGUAAAGUCGACUUUUAUCGAAUUAAAAGACAUCAUCGAACAAUUGUUUAGAGUAAAGGAAGAAGAAGAAGUACCAAUCGUUCUUGUUGGUAAUAAAAUUGAUUUGGAUUCACAUCGUGAAGUUAGUAACAACGACGGAAAGACAUUGGCCAACUCUUAUCCAAACUGCGAAUUCUGGGAGACUUCAUGUAAAGAUAGGAUAAAUGUAGAUAACGUAUUUCAUAGUAUCGUCAGAAAGAUUAGAGACAAGUACAAAAAGGAAGGUGUCCCAACAAAGGAAAAGAAGGACAAGUAUAUGACUAUACAAAAAGCAACAUUGGCAGGAGGAUGCUUUUGGAGUGUAGAAUUAGUAUUCCAAAGAGUCAUGGGAGUAGUAUCUACAAAGGUGGGAUACACUCAAGGACAUAAAGUUAAUCCAACCUAUAAAGAAGUUUGUACAGGUACAACAGGUCACACAGAAGCAGUAGAAUUGGAAUAUGAUGAUACGGUCGUUAGCUAUCCAGCACUGUUGGAUGUAUUUUGGAAGAAAAUAGAUCCAACCACAUUGAACAGACAAGGUGGAGAUAGUGGUACACAGUAUCGUUCUGGUAUCUACUAUCACAAUGACCAACAAAGAGUAGAAGCAGAGAAGAGUAGAGACGAAGAACAGAAGAAACAUCGCGAGAAAAUCGUUGUUGAGGUCUUGCCUAGCUCGCAUUUCUAUUUUGCCGAGGAUUAUCAUCAGCAAUAUCUCGCUAAGGGUGGACAAUGCAGUAAAAAGGGUAGCACUGAUAAGAUUAGAUGCUAUGUGGUUCAUCAUGAUUUACAACUACAAGUCAGCGCUUCUUCAUUUGACACCUUGUAUCUUUGUGAUCUUGGUCAAGAGUUUCACAAUCGUACCGUUAUUCAUGUAGCAUAUAAACUUGGCAAUGGUGGUUCCAAAACCUGUUUAGUUAGUGAAGAAGAACCAACCAUUUAUAGGAUUAGAUUAUCGUUAUUUGGACAAGAACAACAAUCACCUCCAUCGUACGAUUUAACAGGAACAUGUGUUGCAUUGGAUUCAACGUCACCAUGUUAUUCAUAUCUAACAUAUACCAAUGUCUACAUGACCAAUGGAUCAGCAUCACAAAAGGAAUUGGUUGCCUACGAUCUAAUGUUUAGAUCAGAGGCUCUUUUAGGAACUUGUGGAACUUAUUUUGAAAGUAUGGCAUGUUCUAUUAUAUACCCACCCUGUACUUUUGUUACUAUCAAUUCAACCAAUACUACCAUUGUAAUACCAUCAGAUAUAUGUUAUCCAUUUUGUAUGAAUACAAUUGAAAGAUGCCAUGAUAUAAUUGGAAGUAUAGAGGAUUUAACAACACCUCAAUUAAAAGCAUAUACAAAUUGCACAUCAUUGAAUCCAUUGGGUCAACCAUUGUACCCAAACAUAUCGACAGUUUACGAUUUUAGUAGUGUUGGUGGAUCGAGUCAACAAGAGGUACAAUGUUUUAUACCGACUGUACGAUCCGAUAUCAUAGAGAAUUGUCCAGAACCAUUUGUCAUUGUACCAAAAGAAAAGAGGGCCAAGUAUUCGGGUGGAUACUAUGUGUUGGGUGAUGGAAAUUGUACUGUACCAUGUCCCUUUGAAAUAUUCACAUCCGAACAAACAGCGAGUCUGGCACUAUCAGAUGCCAUUCUCUAUCCAUCGUCUAUGGUUUCGGCAGUCAUUAUCAUUAUCAUAUUUGGCGUAUUUCCAAACAAGAUUAGUCCUCGAAUGGAGUGCCUUAUAGCAUUGGGUGUAUCGACCAUCAUCCUAGGUGUUGCCUAUUAUAUUCAAGGUGUCAAAGAUCAUUUUGUAUGUGGUGAUGACACUAGAUACUCCACGCAACAAGAUCAUAUUUGUUGGCUUCAAGGUUUAUUAUUUCAAUUUGGUGGUUUAUCUUUUGUUUUUUGGUUAUGUUUUCUUUGUUAUGAUUUUGUUCUAACUUUAUUAAUGAGUAUAUAUGUUAGAAUUGGAAUUUGGGCAUUAUCAGGGUUAUUAUCAGUUAUACCAUUAAUUGGAAAUAAAUAUGGAGCAAGUAUUGGAUCACAAGGUGGAUGUUGGAUUCUAUCAGAUGACAAAAAGGCAUGGCAAUAUGCUGCUUACUUUGUUCCAAGUUGGAUUGCUCUAUUUUUUACACUUGCAUCUUGUUGUUUUUCAACCUAUAAAACUUUAUCAAUGUACAAGUAUAGUCAAAAUACUAAAGUUUUAAUUUUUAAUAUUAUUUCCAAACUCACUGGUAUAGAGUUUAAAGAACCACCACCCAAACUACCCAUACACCCAUCAACCAGUUCACUCUCUGGAGCCAACCGUCGAUCAGGAUCCGUGAGAUAUUCAAAACAAUAUUUAUCAAAAUCAUUCUUGAAUCUAUCAUCAUCAUCGGGUGGUGUUGAUCAAACAAAUCCUCCAUCUCAAGAUCCAACAAAAAAAGAUGAUGAAUCUAUUAAUAAUAAUAAUAAUAAUAAUAAUGUUGAUAAUGAUUUUAAUUAUGCUGAUAAAUCACCUCCACCUCCAAAUAAUAACAACGAACCAAAAGAUAGUAAUAUAUAA